AUAGAUCAGUUGGUUGACUUCCGGAUAUUGAGAAAGCAUAGGCUACGAUUACUUAGUUUAAAACGUUUAGCUUACUCAGUAAGUCUCAUUAUAUCUAUAUAUAUCUAUAUAUAUAUAUGAUUGUCUUGCAAAGACAAUUGUGCUCAAAAUGUAUCGGCACCAAUCUAUAUGUUUUGUACCCGCUUCAAAUAACCAUGAUCAAGCUAAAGAGAAAAGUUUAGUAAAAGAGUCUAACGAAAUUCGGAUCGGAGAAGCAGCUAAAGAGUUCUACAAUGAAAUAAUAGCGGAACCUUCCGAGCAGGAAGUUACUGUUAAAAGCUGUCUGGAGCCUACAGAUAAUUCCAACGUAGAAACAAAUUGUACAAAAACUGAAGUGCUAAAGAGUAAAAAAAUUCUACCAUCGGACUCGUAUAAAUAUUGUAAUAUAUUUUUGAAACAUGCAACUGAUGGAAACAUUGAAAAACUGAAAGAAUUGCUUUCUAAGGAUUUAAAUAUUAACAUACAGGAUGACUACCAAUGGACAGCGCUAAUGUGUGCAGCAAAAGCGAAUAAUUAUGAAGUUGUAGAUUUUUUAAUUAAGAAUGGAGCUGAUGUUACAUGUACUGAUAUGAAUGGUUUAUCAGCGUAUGAUCUCACGAAUUCAACAGCAAUAAAAAAUUUAUUUCAUGAUAUGGAAGACGAAGAUACUAAUGCAGAAGAUUAUAAUGACUCUGAAGAGGCUAAUGAAGUUUAUUGCAGUGUUUGUGAUGUAACUGUCAAAGAUAUUGAUGAACAUGACAAGAGUAUACCUCACAUAAUGAAUAAGCCGAAGCUGGCAACAGGAAGUUGCUAUUAUAUUCCAUGCACAAAUAAAGGAUAUCAGCUUAUGAUGAAACAAGGAUGGGACGGGGAGAAAGCUCUCGGGAGGGAAGCCGAGGGUACGAAGUAUCCAGUGAAAACCAUUUUAAAACGUGAUAGAAUUGGUCUUGGUGGUAAUAAAAAGAAACAGAUCCCAAGGGUAUCUCAUUUUGAUCCUUUCGAUACUACAGCUAUAAAGCGACGAUCCGAACUUUAUAUUAAUAAAUCACCAAGAAUAUUUAAAAAGAAGCAUUUCAAAGAACAAUUAAAUAAAGAAAAAAAAAUUGAGAGAUUUUUUAGAAGAGAGUUUGAUGCCUACUGA